AUGGACACGUUCGUCCGACUGCAGUCCAGGCCAGUGAAGCAGGCGUUGAGCAAGUCAUCGAGAACCCGCGAGCAACAGUUCGGGACAUUAAGAUGCCUGCCUUGGAUCUGUUGCGACGAUGACGAAGAAGAACGCGAGAACGGUCUUCGGGGGGAGGGCUACAAGGAAUGUACGGAGGCUGCUCGAAUGGACUCCAGCGAAGGAAGUGUGCGGCGUGAACGAAAACUUAGUCACAUUGUUCCCGUAAAGGCUCAGCCAGUUAAAAAGAUUGACCAAAGCAUGGCUUCUCGCCGGUGGAUGUUCAACAAGCAGCACGGCCUUAUCUUGGCUGUUGUUAGUGUCACGGCUGUUGGUGCUGCCGCGCUUUUCUCAUUCGCCAAGAGAACAGAGGAGGACGUUCGUCUCAGGAUCCGCAGUUCCAGAGCGGACACUGAAGUCUCUGGCACCGAGGAGUCUCUGUCCGCCAUCAAGAAAGCCUUCGAAAGCAACGCCAUGCCGGCUGAAGCUGACUCAACACAAUAUUUGUCCGCGCCAUCUGCGAGAGAGCGCAAGCGUGCCCUGCUGUGUCGGUUCUCCCCCCGGUAUCGCAGCGGCGUCUACCCAUACGGGCUCUGCACUCAUCUCAUCCUGGCCAGUGUAGAGAACAAGAAUUCCUAUGAGCAUGGCAAGGACCCGCUCUUUAUUUAUGACCCCGAUGCCUUUCGUAAGUUCACACACGUUCAGGACACGUCUUCCGAGGUGAAGCUGCUGAUGUCGGUGCACAUGGACUCGAUGCUACGUGGAGGCUCCAAAGACUACGACCACUUGGCCAAUGACGCCCUCAAUUGGGUCCAGAGUCAUCGCAUCGAUGGGCUCCACUUGUCAGGGAUUCGAGCCCUUCCCAGGACCAUUGGGAACAUCACCGCCGUUGUGCAGGCCCUCCGCAAGGCCUUCAGGCACAAGCAUUUGAUUACAUUGGGGAUCGACCAGACGCAGAAGACCGUCGAAGAGGCCUUCCUCAAGCUUCUAUCGAUGGCGGAUAUGGCGAGCUUCCGUACCAGCCAGGUGGUCCACAAAGAUGAGCGUACCACGCUCAUUAACCCGUACCGGAGGUACGACAACAGCACCGCCAAUCUUUUCCUGGAACAGGAACUUGAAAAACUGGCAUCCAUGGCAAGAAAAGCUCGUUCCUCCCACAUUUGCUUUACGUUAAUUCUCGGCGGAAACAAAUUCACCCUCGAGAAUGAAAAUCACCACGGCCUUGGAGCACCAGCGAAGCACUCGGGUGACGCAGCAUACGAUGAGAUCUGCAACAAGGGCUGGGAGGAAAUGAAGUACGUCGCACCAGCUAUGGCCUAUUAUGCUCGCCGAGGAUCACUGUGGAUAGCAUACGACACCGAAAAAACAAUUGCCGAUAAGGUCCGGUUAGCCGUGAAGAAGCACCCAGAUUUCUGCGUCAUGCUUACCCAGGUCGACCGGGACGAUUACAAAGGGUCAUGUGCCGAAAAACAUUUUCCUCUUGUGCAAAGUGUCAAGCAUGUAUUGCAGCAUGCAUGACGAUGUUGGCAAGCUCCUGAGUAUCCUGAGGGACCCACCUGAUGCCCACCAGGACUGCAUCUCGAUACACCAUUAAGCUAGCAUAAAAUCGUAAUUUUAUAAUUGUAAUCGUAUUCCAUUAAUAUUUUCGUUCCUGUUGCUAGAUCACCAUACUUGAUAGCCAGAUGCUGCUGGCGUUUCACGUUUUUGAGUGAAGUACUUCACUGAAGAUUUUACUAGUCAAAGAUUAAAUAGUCUGCAUUAU